AAAUAUAUAGGAAUAGGAUAGGAUAUACUCAAUUUCUCACUAAUUCUCACACACUAAACUACAAACAACAUAAUGGCGUGAAUGUAAUUUACAACCAUUAGCGGAAAUAAUGAUAACAAGGAAACUCAGGUUUGCAUGAUGAUUUUUAAUCUAUGAGGCAUGGAAAAAGUCCAGGUUUUGUGACUUUACAUGUACAAAUAAAUAAAUAAUGCCAUGAAAUUAUGAAAAUCAGUAUAGCUCACCUUCAGUAGUAAUAUAUUCUUGGGAGUGGCUGGUCACUGGAACUUUUUGGUUAAUUGAACUGAAAAUUUGAUUGAAAAUCGAAAAUCUAUCAAUAUGCUUAAAAUAUCCUAUUUUUGGGCUGUGUUUCUAACUCUGGCACUUAAAACUACGCUUACACAGGUUUCAGGAGAAGCUAGUACCGAGAAAGAAAUCAACUUUGAAGAUAUUAGUUUGACAUCCCCUCAAAGAAUUUAUUUCAAUAAAUUCAAAGCUCAAGUUAUAAACGACUUUCCAGAAGCAUAUAUGCGCAAGGAUAUGUAUCUUAUCAAAUGGCUACAGGCGACCGACUAUAAAGUAGACAAUGCCGUUGAAAAAAUUCGAAAGAUGAUAUCGUGGAGGGCUGAGUAUAAAAUGGAUCAAAUAAUGAAAGAGGAUUUUAGCGACUUGGAGCGUCAAUUUCCAAUUCGAAUGGACGCUGUAGACUACGUUGGCAGACCUGUUGGGACUGCGGACAUUGCGGAGUGGGAUGUGCGAAAAGUUGUCUUGAUGGGAAACAAGGACAAGGGGAUACGGUUUGUUUUUCGCAUGGCGGAAGUCGGAGUCCUUCGGGUGAUGGAGCAGCAUGAACAACAUCCGAACGUGUCGUCAGGAAUUAUUAUCAUGAAUUUGGACGGAUUUAACAGUAAACAGCACGGAUGCCCUGAGUGUAUUCCCAUUUGUCGGAACCUGAUUGUAGCGCUGGAAAGCUAUUUCCCGUUCAUGAUUCACAGAUUUAUUGGAAUUAACACCCCCAUGAGCUUUUACUCAGUUUUUAGCUUGUUUGCCCCCUUGAUGAAGAAACAUGUUCGAAAUGUCAUCAAAAUUUAUGGACCAGACAAGCGACAAUGGAAACCAGCAAUUCUGAGUCUUAUUUCUCCUGACCAGAUUGAACAACAAUUCGGAGGCACACGCAUUUAUAAUUGACAUUUUGUCAUUACAUGGUUUUGUGUAUACCUACCAACAAAUAAAUUGAUAUAAUUAUUCAAUAAACUCACUUCUACGUAUAUGCAAAUUUUUGAAACAA